AAAAAGAAAUAAAAUCCACUAAAUUAAGUUUGUCACCUCUUACUUAAAAGUGUGAAAAAAAAAGUUAUUUAAGUCUCUCAUUGUGAAGACAUUGGAGAAAUUAGCAAAGAAAUUGCAUUAAAUAUUCGAUAUUUAGUAACCAGUUUAUUUGGAGUUGAAUUUCUCUUGGGGUUCGAUUUGGUCUUUAAGAGCGCGCCACAACUUUUUGGCAAAUGCGUCAUCUUCUUUUACAAAAUCGACAAGAGAAUAAGCAUUCAACUCGUUGUGCGGUGAAAUUAUACUGCGUCCUCCUCGCUCACGAGAAACCGAAGGCAUAUAAGGUGGGAUGCUGUUGUCUCUACUUCAUCAGUACCAAACAUACAAGAUUCAUCUUCUGAGUCAGCAGGUUUAAGAAUUUGUUCACCAUGCGGUCCGCCUGGACACAUGUUAUUUGCACGCUACUGGUUGUCGGAAGAACUCAGGCGCUACGAUCACAAUUGCACGAGAGUGAAAGGAAAGCAGGGGUCGAAGACAUCUCGAAUCACGAUUCUUUACUUGACCUUGAUAAAGAACUCAAGUAUGACCUCAAGAAUAAAAACAUUUCCGUUCUGCCUCCGAUAUUUCUCUUUGAAUAUACGAACGGUACCAACGUGACAAAUGAUGAUAAAUCAAAAAGAACGAUAGAUGGAGUCCUAGGUUAUGGUUUUCAAUCAAAUAAUAUUAAUUCCGGUCAUUAUAAUUAUUAUUUUCCCGCUGGUAAGUCCGGAACGUCAGUCAGCAUUGAAGAAUCCAUCAGUCCAUUUCUACCAAAAACUAUUGUUGAACCUGAAAAUAAUUCCGAAAUUCAAUACGACGGUGAUAGACAAAAAAAUUAUUUCGUUAAUCAGAAAUCGAAUAGUAAUUCAAAUCAGGAAUUACCGCAUUAUGAUCAAACACAAGCAUUUUUUAGACAGAGGACAAAGUUGCUAAAAACAUCGGCUGAUUUGGAAACUUAUCAAGAAGCUCCAAUAAUUCCGAAUGCUCAAUUAAGUACGUAUACAACGGAAAGUCCGGGACUUUCGGCCUACAACUCGUUUUCAACAACUGUAAAGUCAAAUUUGGAAGUGACCACUUACUCUGGCCAAGAGAAUAAUGGACUAACAGAGAGUUCAACACCAGAAUCACUUUUGGACAUCACGCCAGCUGCAUAUCGAGCGAAAUAUCGAUUCCGUCCUUACAGCAAUCCAAGGCCUUCAGCUUCCGAACACAGAAAUCCUAGUCUUCAGGAAGAUUACUAUUCUGAACCCGAGCACGAUUUAAGUAGCUAUCCCAAAUACUCCGUGGAAAAUGGUGUCAAAUACGAACACAAAAUCGUUUGGAAAUAUCCUGAUGGAAGGGUCUCUGAUACACCUCCAACUUCCUAUGUCACCUACUCGAAACCUACUCCAAAAACGGUUACAUCUUCUAAUUUUCAAACUAAUACUUAUAAAGAAAAAUCUAACUUUCCACCAAUCACACAUAAUUACAAUCCUAGUCAAGCGAUAUACUCUCAAAAACCAGCACAGUUUCUGAAAGAUGACACAAAAUUGAAGAGUAAUCAAUAUCCUCAGUCUGCAUUUACAGAUUCAAAUUACGAAUCAGGACAUGCGGAUUCUCCAUUACCAACUCAUAAGAUAGUUUAUCAGAAUUCCUUCAAUAUGAAACCAGGCACAAGGCAUCGUUUUUCAUCAAAUUUAGGCCAUCGUCUAAAUCAGAGAAUUUCGUACAAUUCCGCGAAAACCGUUAGACCAAUUUCCAAGUAUGCCAUUAAUAGUCCAAAUCCAGAGUAUAUUGAGACAACAGAAAAUCCUGGAAAAAUUGAUUCGGAAAAAGUCACAAACGAAGCUCAAGAUUAUUUCAACAAAAUGUAUAAUGAAGCAAAAUUUCCGAAAAAUAGUUACGGCCAUAAAAUUGCCGAUCCUCAAUAUGAUGAUUUAUUGAAGUAUAAUCCGUCAAUUUCACAGUACAUCAAGAAUCCAUCGUCGAUAUUGAACGCUCAGCCGACAUUUGUCCAGGCUGGAAAUUCAUUGAUUCCGGUGAUAAUUCUUCGUGUUGACGGUGCGCCACCAGUACGACAGAAAGCAACUCCCAAUAUUAAUUUGAAGGCUUUAUUGCAACAAUAUCUAACGCAAUAUGCACAGAGUCUCAAUGAAAUGAGUAAGGAUUCAUCCUACGAUUUAGGAAAUGAUUAUGUAAGAACAAAAUCUAAGGAAGGAAAUCCCAUUUCGGAUUUGACGGAAUUCACUCAGAAUUUAAGUCAGUAUUCUAAUAGUCCGGAUAUUGCUGCUGGAUUUCAAAAUAAAUUUACCCAUAAUAAUCGUUAUGACAGAAGACAUUAUCAAUCUAGUAAUUAUGUUCCGAUUAUAAAGCAAGGUCAACGAUUCAUGGAAGAUGAGGCUAAAAUGAUUGAGACCGUUAACAGAUAUACGAGUCAGGGUAGGAAAGCUCAGAAAAUAAAGAAUGUUGAAAUUAUCGAUGAUCCGCGAUACACAACUUAUCAUAGAAGCUAAAUUUUUCGAGAAUGGAAGAUUUUAAUUUUUUUAAAUAGAUUAAAACUGAAAGAAAUGUUUUUUUAUUUAAAAAAGGGACUUCGACGUUUAAAAUUUACUGGAAAAAUGUUUAAUUUGUGAGAGUAUUAUUUUUCAACUGUUCAUAUUUUCUUUUAAUUUUAAGGCAAUCGACAAUUCAAACAGAUAAAUUAGUUCUACUGUCCUAAAUUUUUUGAUUCAAAUAAUCAAUUACACUGGAGAUGGAGUGCUGCUCGAGAGGACACCGCUCGAGUGAAUUCACAAGUAAACCUAUACCUAAUUGUAAUUCUACGAUUUUAAUGAAACUUGGUACUUUCGUAGAACCCACAGAAAUAACAGGAUCCGUAUUUUUUAUAUCUUCCAAUCAUAAAAGUUUAAGGGUUGGAAGUACUUCUUGUAUUGACGAAAAUCUUCAAAAAGAAUGAAAAUGCGCAACACAAUAAGUGAAAAUAAUUUCCAUAAUUCUUUUAUGUAGGAUUUUUCUGGAUCAUUUAUUUUGAACAUAAGAUCCAAAAUCAAAAAUUUCAAAUAGCGAAUCUAAAAAGUUAAGAUAUGAGAAUUAUAGAAAUUUAUUUCUCUAAGUUUUUUACUACACAUGUACUUAUUUUUAAUAAUUUUUUUUUGUUUGAUCAAUUCAGGGGAUAGUUUCAUAAAAAUCGUCGUGUUACAUUUGCAUUUGUCAGUAAGCAACUUUUUUGACUUAGAAAAAUAAUUUUGCCUUUAAUAAAAAUUUAAAGUGUUAUUUACUUUUUGUGAUAAAUUUUUAUGUUUUGAAUGCAUAGAGAAUCCCAGACGAGGGUAUAGAGGUUUAACUCUCCUGCGCAUAAAGCCGAGUACAAUCGUCCCAACUAAACUGUAACUGUAUGCAUAAGGACGAGUGCUGUGUCGCUCAAUAACUUUUGCCCACCCUACUGCAAUUAAGGGCAUUAUAGAAAGUUUUAUAUUUUAUUUUCUGUUGAAGUUACGAAAGUCGAAAAAGGUCUCAUUAGAAAGCUCAUUUUUUGAGCAAACAAACCAAUUUAACAUGUUAUUUAUGUAAUUGUUUUCAAUAAUUUUGACUUUCAAAUAAUUACAAAACUUUUAAUUGUUACUAUAAUGAUCAUAUUUUAAUAAGUUUUGACAUUAAAUCUCAAUUUCACAAUGAUGAAUGGAACCAUGUGCUUGACUGCAACGUAAUUAUCUGUAAUAUUUUUCCUAAAUUUAACACUUUUAAGUGUUAUAAACACUUUUGAAAGUGUUUAUGAUUAAAAUUUUCAAAGUGUUUAUAUUAAUACUUUUAAGUGUUAUUAAAAGGAAUGAUGAUAAAGUUUUGGCCAAAUUAACAUACUGUAUCAACGACCUAGUAAAAAAUAAGUGUCAAACUAAAACUUAAGAAAGAAAGUUAAGUUACUCUGAUAAUACAGUAUUCACAUUGAAAAAAAAUUAAUUAACGAAAUCAAACUAAAUUUUGAUGAAUUUUAAAAUUUAGUUAAUGUUCUAUUUAGAUGAAAAUCAAUUAGAAUUUAAAAAAUUGACUUUAGAUUGUUUCUAAUAUUUGAUUCAUAAUUAAAUUUCACUGACUAAGAAGUUAUAAAAAGUAAGUUACAAAUGUAUAAUUACAGUUAUAACUUCUUUAUCACAGCGACAUCAGAAGCAUGUCCUAAAGAUUUCUGUCUAAUACUCAUUUUGAUAAGCAGCAUAAGCGAGCAAAAUUGACCCUACUAGGUAUCACUAUGUUUUCUGUCAUUACAAAUUGGUUCAAUUUGACACACAACAUAAGUAAAUCCAAGAAUUUUUGUAAUUCGGUGCUGAAGAGGUGAAAUGAAUUUUUAAAAAGUUGUUUAUAAUGUAUAUACACGUAUGAACAGAAUAGUUUCUUCGGUUGAAAAUGUAAAGUCGUUCUUUCAUCAAAAACUGUUUGUACGAUAAAUUGUGCACCACAAUAGCCAUCAUGGUAGGAUGCACGUCAAUAAGACGCAAGGUACCGUUUUUUAAAAAAACCUUUUAGUAAAAUAUUUUAAUAAUUAUAAUUAAGCUAUUAUGUACUCAUCUUAUUUAUCUAUUUUGUGUACCUGAACUCACAGAAACUAUUUCCUUACUCUGUUGAAAAAAUAAGCAUGCAAUUACACUUGCAAUAUUAUAAUAAUGUAAUAUAUCAUAUCAUUAAAAAAUACUUGUAUCUUCACUUGUAAAUCCCGUUUCAAAUUCACAUGUGUAAAAAAAUUUGUAAUUUCACGUGCAAUUUAACACGUAAUUCAUCAUACAAUUCUACAUAUAAUAGCGCAUGAUAUUACAUGUGUGAUUACAUACAUAUUUUUCAAUAGGGUAAAGUUAGUAAAGUAUAUGAUGAAUUUUCAAAUAACUGACAUUUUUGCGAUAGAUUAAAUAUUGAUAAUCUUCUAUUUCAUACAGAAGACUAUAUU